ACCGUAAUGUUCAUGUGUUAAUGAACGCUGUGUUCGAUAUUAACAUGGAGAACAAAACUGUCAUUUUGCGGGAUCUUACUUAAAAAAGAUCAAAACUUGACGCUUGCCCCGAAGAUGAAAGGUGUUGCUCUCAUAAUAGCUGCUAUACUGGCAACAACGGAUGGAGUGCUUGGACAAAUAGCAUGUGGGGUGGAUGUAGUUUUUGCUGUCGAUACGUCGUGUAUUUUUACCAAGAAAGAGAAGAGUGUCGUAAAAGAUUUCUUAUUUGAAUUGGUGACUUCAUUGGACGAAAUCAAUCCCAUCGGCCGUGACAAAGCGUUGAUUCAGAUUGCAGCGCUCACAUACAACACAAUUGCUGUGAGCAGAUUCAACCUUAGCGACUCCACAGACAAAGCCUCGACAUUAGGCCUAAUCGAACUUUUAAACAUGAAUAGGAAUACUGCGGAGGGAUGCAAAAGGAAAACCAAUUUGGCACUUGAACUUGCGAAAAAGGCAUUUCAAAAGACCAACGGUGGACGAAGGAAAGCCAAGCGCGUCCUUAUUCUCAUAACUAAUGGUCUUACACAACCUUCUAAAUUAAUGAAAAACGCAUUAGCUAAUGGUAUUAAGAACACUGAUGCCAACAUUGAAACGUACCUUAUUGGUAUAUAUGAUGAAAAGGUAGAUCCUAACGAAGCUGAUGCGGAGUGGGCUGUUUUGGCUUCCGAUCCUGACGAUCACCAUGUGAUGAGUGUUAACGGGACAGAUAUGCUGAAAGAGUUGGUAGAUAACAUUGCUAAACGAGUGAUGUCAGUAACCUGCAAUGAUGAAAUACCGGCGGAUGAUCCUUGGUUAGGAACAACAUCAACAGCCUCGACGACAACGUCAACGACAACAUCGACAACGUCGACGACAACAUCAACAACGUCAUCAACAACAUCUACUACAUCAACGACGCCUGAACCUACAACAAUACUAACGACACCAGUAACAACUACUACAGUGGCAGCUAACACGCAAAUAUGUCAGGAAACAAAAGAAUGUAAAAAGUUACUCGGUCCAAACUAUAACUGCACAAAUUUUAUAUGCGUGCGGGGCGACCCCCACAUUCAGCAACUAGUCAAAGGGACAGAUGACCCCAUAUGUUAUGACUUGUUUGGAGAACCUGGACAAAUAUACGAGUUCCUAACGGAAAAAUCAACAGGGACUUCUGUGACGGGUGUUUUUAUCGAGGGAUCAGAUACAAUUAAAUCUGGGGACUUGGCAAAAUAUAUAGGUGAAAUAGUAAUAGAUACGAACACGGUCACUAUCCAUGCAACAAUGGUAGACAUACUUCUACAUGCAAAAAGGGGUACUGGGAAACGCUCAAAUGAUAUAAAACUGUUUUUCGAGCCAUUGGAAAUAGAACAAGAUGCUAGGUUCAUCCAUAACUGGGAACGCGAUACUAUUAACUUCAGCAAUGAAGAACAAACGGGGGUCAAAGUUAAUAUUUACAAAACAUCAAUGAGUGUACACAUAGACAAUGUAGCUACGAUAUACAUUAGUCGACAUCCAAAACAUUUAGACUUUGUAAUCGGGGAACUUAACAAACUUGCUGAUAUGAAGAAUAAGCCCGGUGGAAUAAUGGGCAUAGUUUCAUCAGACGGAGAGUUUGUACCCUCUGCCGUUGCCUACAAAGGGACGGUUCAUGUAGGAGGAGAGUUCAGUGUAACUGUACAAUGGGACCAUGAUAAAAAGUGCUGGUCCGUCCCAAGAAGUGCCAGAGGAUUUGAUCAACUUCUAAAACAAUUUGCGAGAAGUUGUCUGAUAAACUCAAGCAUCUAAUCAGCUAUUCCGCGCCCAAAUUAGUUAUCCAGAUAUCAUGUUUAGAUUCCAGACUAGACUUGUUUAAUUAUUCACUAUGUGAAUACUGUUAUAGACAGAUUAUAAGGUUUUAUCAGACUAAAAGCACAUUUUUGAAACUAUACAAUGAUAUUCGCAAAUAGCUUGAAUAAAGUACAGAUUUAAAAAUGAGUUCAUGAUUACAAUUCAAAUGCUCCUUAAGGUUUCCGUACUUGUACUUUUAAACGAAGGACAGAACAAUUUUUAUUUUAUAUUAAAAGCUGGCUUGACUCUGGAAGGAUAUAAUGAAUUAACAGAGUAAUGCUAACAUUUGUAUUACCUUUGUAAACAAGCGUGUCUACUCCAAAAAUUACUGUGUUAAUCUCCUCGGACUCAUCAUUAUUAUCAAGCUUGAUAAGACAUUGCAUAGAUUACUAGUUUUAUGACGUGUGUUGUGCCACAAUAAAAUUUGUCAGCGAAUCAACGCAGUAUGUAAAUUGGGCAUUGAUGAUAUGUGUUUAAUGAUUUGCCCAAUUUGAAUAUCAUCCCACUGAAAUGAUGUCAGUAAUUUGUUUACUCUAAUUUUAUGACUACUGCAAAUUGUGUGUCUGAUGUGCAUUUGAUGAACUUAUAAUAAUGGUGAUAUGUGCAUAUUAUGAUUCCACAUGGGAUAAUGAACAAUAGUAUAUGAAGCCUAAAUGAAUGAUUUAGGUUGAUACCAGGGGAUGUAAGUGUUUGUUUCGCAGAAAUGUACACCUAAUAAAGAAUAUGCCGCCUUAAAAGAGAGUAAAGUAAAAUAUAAUAUACAAUGAAAAGCCUU